UCGAUCGGUCCAGGUCGUUUUCUUUACUGUUUCCCCCCACUCCAACCGCGCUUGGUGUGCAGUGCACUCCACACGGUGCUCGUGAAGAGGUUCACACGGUGGUGUGGUGUGGUCUCGUCGCCGUCCGGGUCGUCCCUGCCCGGUCCGCGAGUCGCGGUUCUCACUAGCUCACAUGACAUGACCGGCCCGCGCUGGUAGUUUUCACGGUAAUUGCCGCUCGGUUUCUCCGCCGCUUCACCGGGGGUCUGCCGAGUGAUAAGAGACCGGCCAGCGUCCCGGAUGAUAAAGAGUAAAGAGUAUCGUGUGUCCACGCCCUCUUCAGUGCCUGCCUAGUACUUACGCUGCGCCAAGAUUUGGUCCCUUCCCUUCCUCCCCCUGCCUUGGUAGCAUUAAUUCAUCUGUCCGCUCAGGCGUGGCCAUGGCCGCCGUCGUCUGCGUCACCGGCGCCGGCGGCUUCAUUGGCUCCUGGAUCGUCAAGCUCCUCCUCGCCCGCGGCUACGCCGUCCGCGGCACCUCCCGCCGCGCAGAUGACCCCAAGAACGCGCACCUGUGGGCGCUCGACGGCGCGGCGGAGCGGCUCACCAUGGUGCAGGUCGACCUGCUCGACCGGGCCAGCCUCCGCGCCGCCUUCCACGGCUGCGACGGCGUCAUCCACACCGCAUCCCCGAUGCACGACACGCCCGAGGAGAUCAUCGAGCCGGUGAUCACGGGGACGCUCAACGUCGUGGAGAUGGCCGCCGGCGCCGGGGUCCGGCGCGUGGUGCUGUCCUCCACCAUCGGCACCAUGUACAUGAACCCCCACCGCGACCCCGACGCGCCGCUCGACGACUCGUGCUGGAGCGACCUCGACUACUGCAAGCAAACCAAGAACUGGUACUGCUACGCCAAGACGAUCGCGGAGCGGGGCGCGUGGGAGGCUGCGCGGUCGCUGGGGCUGGACCUGGCGGUGGUGAUCCCGGUGGUGACGCUCGGCGAGCUGCUGCAGCCCAGUAUGAACACCAGCACCAAGCACAUACUCAAGUACCUCACCGGCGAGGCCAAGGCGUACGUCAACGAGUCGCACGCCUACGUGCAUGUCAAGGACGCCGCCGAGGCGCACGUCAGGGUGCUCCAGGCGCCCAACGCCGGGGGUCGCCGCUACGUCUGCGCCGAGAGGACGCUGCACCGCGGCGAGCUCUGCCGGAUCCUCGCCGGCCUCUUCCCGGAGUACCCCAUUCCCACAAGAUGCAAGGACGAGGUGAAUCCGCCAAAGAAGGGUUACAAGUACACGAACCAGCCUCUCAAGGACCUAGGCAUGAAGUUCACCCCUGUGCAGGAAUACCUCUAUGAAGCUGUGAAUUCCCUGCAAGAAAAGGGGUUCAUUAAGAAGGCUUCUGGCACCAAGGUGCUUGCUAGUAGAGGGGGUUCGCCGCCUCAGAAUUCACCGGCGCCCAUGUUUAUGUCGAAACUUUGAUAGGCUUCUGCGCAAAGUAACAACGCAGUUCGCCGUCAUGGGAAUUGUAAUUCAUUUGAUUAAGUGAUAUGUUUGUUGUUAGCCAGUUCAUGUAUGUAGCAGCGCCGUGUUGACCUGCACGGUUGACUGGAACAGGUACGUCGUUACAGAGCAACUUCAGUGAUACAUGCUAGAUAAUUUCCCUGGUCGA